CUAGGCAGGACUAAUAGAUAUUUUAUCCAAGAACGGUUGCCUUGCAGAUGCUUCCGAUGUCCUGGGUCGCACUCCACUGCAUAUGGCGGCAUUGAAGGGACAUCAAAACAUCAUUUGUGUGAAAGCCAUUCUGUUCUUGGACAGCCUAAGGAGUCGUGUUGAUGUAAACGCAGGCAAUGAUAUGGGAGAGACUCCACUGCACUUGGCUGCUAAGUGGGGAUAUGAGUAAGGAGUACAAUGGAUUCCUGUAUGAUGAAAUGCAGGGCGUUGCCCUAGUAAGCUCUACCCUCCUGGCUAUGGACAAGAAACAGAAACCCUUCACUAGACGACCCUGCAUUGCUACGUUCAAGAUCAGCGGUUUUGACUGCGCACUGGUAAGUGUAUAUCUGAAGGCAACCGGUCUGGAGAAUGAGGACAUCGGUCGACUGCAGGCAGAGAUUGACAAUAUCCCCAACCUUAUAGAGGCCAUUAGGACUGCUCUUCCAGGGGAAAAUGAUAUUAUACUGCUUGGUGACUUUAACCUGUCUCCAGUUACUAAAGAUUUUGACGAUCUUCGAAAUCAAGGCUAUCACAAUUGUAUUGCCGACGGUGUCUUCACAAACAUAAGCGACGCCAACAAAAAAGGCAGCAAGACAUACGAUAACAUCUGGAUAUCUAAACAGACAAAACAAGUGUUCACUGGUCAAUGUGACGUCGUGAGAGAGGGACUGUCCAGUCCCUGGAUCCCCAAGGGCUGGACGUGGGGCGGGGUCGUGAGUGACCACUGUCCAGUGUGGGCCCAGUUCUACACGGGCCGUGACCUUGACACUGGAGACUUGAAGAUCGGACCAGAGGCCAUUAAAUUUGCACUGACUGACUGAUGUUUAGUAAAAGAUUAGAAUAUUACAUGUUUGACUCUGGUAUGACAGACAUCACUAGUAGCAAUUGAUAAUGCAGUUCUUUAAACAAUAAAUAGUGACAAUAUUC